AUGCAGCCCCAACCCCAGAAAAAUGCUCGGACGGAAUGGCUAUUUGUUUUCGAUCGUGGAAGAAGUAUUUCGUCGUGGAUUUCGUUUUGCUACCUCAUCCGACAUAUCGACGCCAUACAAGAUAGGAAUAAGCCACAAGUUCAAAGUACUCCGCCUCACGGAGAUUACUAUCCGAGCGAAACACGGAGAUCGCGGCGUGCUGCAUCUCGAAGCGUUCCCAGCCAUUCGGAACUUGCCUUCGCUAUCAUGGCUGGAUAUUAUGUCCACCGAUAUUAUCCGGUGAAGUGUGUGAUCCGUCUGUUGAAAUAUUACUGCUUGUGCGUUUGCGCUCCAGUCGAUAUCCGGCUCUGCCGGAUGGACCAUUGCUACAUGGUGAACUGGUUCCUUGACCACCAGGCGCUAUUCCAGUCUCUGAUGACGGCUCCCAACGACUCGACUGUGGCAGACAGAGUUGGGCACCGCGGCAUGAGUUACAGCAAGUUGCGACGAUCCUAUGGCCUGACCAUGUCAGCGGACAUGAUACGGUGGGUGGGUGUCUUUUGCAGGUAUUAUGGAGAUGUUUAUGACCAGAGCCAUGCUUCGGUCCCUAGCACCAGGGAUUCUAAGAAAUGUGGGCUGCGAGAAGUCUCAUUUCCUGCUGCUAGAUUAGAGAGCAUCGCUUACGUGUUUCCUCGAUGGCGUAUCGGUAGAGCUGUUUCUGGAGAUAUCUGGAUUUCCGCGAGCAGUACAUGGCUUUUGGCCGGUCUCGCGUCCACAGGUUAUGAUCCUGAUGUCUUACGCUGUUGA